ACUUUAUUGACAAAACAACACACCCUGACCUCUGAACAGAUAUUUUUAUUAAAUUUUAUCGUAAACCAUAAAAAGGAGAAAACAUGUAUCUAGAAACGUGUUGACUAUCACCUUUAUAUAAAAAUAUCACAAUUAUAAAUGUUCCCAUAAUUUGACACAAUGAAGCUGUUGAAGUUCCAUUUGAGAUACCAUCCUCCGGGUAUUGUGUUGGAGUAUCUUCAGAAAGGUCUCAUUAAAAAUAAGGAAAUCGAUCUUCUAGAACUAAACUGCAACUCCGACAUUAAAGAGAUAGCCAAACGGCUCUUCCAGAAGGAAGUUCUUCUCACUGAAGAAGUUCAGGAUCAGCUCCUACAAUGCCUCGACACGCUGAAGAAGAGAAUCGAGCAUGAAGGCCCUACCGGGAAGAGGUUUUACAUCUACAAAACGCUGCAGACUCAUGUACUACCUAUCACUAAUGUGGCAUUUGACAAGUCUGGCAAAAGGUGCAUUACGGGCAGCUACGACCGCACCUGCAAGGUGUGGCAUGUGGACUCGGGCAAGGAGCUGAAGACACUCGAAGGCCAUCAAAACGUCGUCUACUCCGUGGCUUUUAACUACCCAGCAUGCGAUCGAGUAAUCACCGGGUCAUUCGACAAAUCUGCUCGUGUCUGGGACCCGGCCAGCGGGGAGUGCCUGGCCACUUUGUGGGGACACCGGGGUGAAGUCGUGGCUGCGCAGUUCAGUGCCAAGGGUGAUCUGGCGGCCACUGGCUCGAUGGACUACACUGCGAAGCUGUAUGACGUCGAAACUGGUACGGAGCUGCAAAACUACGAAGGUCACACGGCGGAGGUGAUCACACUGCAGUUCGACCCAAACGAAGGUCAGCGACUCAUCACGGGCUCCUUCGAUGGCACAAUCUCGGUGUGGGACACCAGGGUCAAAGAUCGAGUUUCAGUCCUCCGUGGCCACGAUGGUGAGAUCUCCAGCGUGCAGUACAACUGGGACAGUUCACUUGUGGGCUCGGCGUCUUUAGAUGGUAGUGCUAAACUCUGGGACGCGAGAUCCACCGUCUGCCUCGCCACUGUCGCUUCGCACACUGAUGAGGUUUUGGAUAUUUGCUUCGACUGGGCUGGUCAAAGAAUGGCAACUUCUUCAAGCGAUUGCUCUGCACGCAUUUACGACGUGCGUGCCGACUUCAAGGAACUAGCCGUUAUGAAGGGCCAUCGGGAAGAAGUUUCCAAGGUGUGCUUCAGCCCGGCUGGAGGAUGCCUGCUGACGGCGUCAGCAGAUCGCAGCGCGCGCGUCUGGAACACCAACACUGGCAACUGUAUACAGGUUCUGUCUGGCCACCAGGGGGAGAUAUUCUCCUGCGCAUACUCGUACAACGGCGAUGCUAUCGUCACAGCAUCCAAAGACAACACUUGCCGCAUUUGGCGGUGAUUUGACUGGUGGCUGUGAAAAAACGGCCGCUUAAACCUCUAGCUUUGAACUAAAUUUUAACAAUUAUUAUUUCAACUAAGCCGGGUACUCAUUAGCGAGCUGUAUCUGUAACCGUUGCAUGCACUGUAACCAAAAAGCAUAGUGUGUACGUGGUUCUCUACAACGUUUACAACUAAGCUACAAGCGUACACACUAGAACCUCGUAUUGUAUCACGCAUGUUACGGUUGCAGCUCGCUGAUGAGUACCCGGCUUUAAGUAAUUCCGAGAGCAUUGCAUCUACCAAACCUAUGACUUAAUUUUGAAAUGGACUAAGAUGGAAUCUACAACCUGAGAUUGAAUUUGAUUUCCUAAUAUCCGCUAUAAUUUGUUGAUUUGAGAUAUUGUAACGAAAAAGAUCAACUAAUCUAAUGUUAAUAUAAUUAAAUUAUUAUCUCUUAAUGUUAAUGUAAUUAAAUUAUUUAAUCAAACAAUAAAUUUUUAUAUGAACUUUGAACCAAGGAUUGUUACCAAUGCCAAUCGCACACUUUAGUGACGUAAUAAUAAAGUAGAUACGUUUACAUAGAACUAUUAGUGCUUUAAGGGUGCUCAAUAAGUUCUUUUUUACUGCAUUAAAAAAAACUUAAAUUAUGAUGAUGAUUUUUAGAGAUUUGUUUUUUUGCGCCACUUUUAUUAAUGUAAAUCAAGAUUUCAAAUCAAGUAACAAAAAAGAGUUGUCGUUAUAUAGAGAAUUGGUAUUAUUUAAUUUAAAAAAUGAGGUUAUCACGGUAAAAAUAAUGCUUUAAUGAAAUUUUAUUUUAAAUCGUACUAUUUUACUUAAAGUUAAACGUUAUUAUUAAAUAGAUACUUCCUAUUGUAAAAUAUUGGAUUUAUUAAAAUAAUUAUGUUAUAUUUAUGCGUUUUUUUUUCAUUAAGAUAACAAAAAGUACCUUUACACCAUUUAAAUUAGCUUGUAAAUCUAAUAUAAUUAUAAAAUUCUCAUGUCACGGUAUGCGUAAAUGAACUACUCCGAAUCGGCUCGACCAAUUUUCGUGAAAUUUUAUAUGCAUAUUCAGUAGGUCUGAGAAUCGGACAACAUCUAUUUUUCAUGCCCUAAAAUGCUAAGGGUAGUCCACCCUUAGAAUUUUUUUUAGACAAAUUUAUCUGUUUUUAUUUUUUUAUAAUACAU